GCGUUAGAGAGGUCAUCAUUAGAGCUGGCAUUUCCGGGGCACGGGACAGAGUGGGAUCAAAAGCCAUCCCCGCCCACCUUUGCCCGCGCCCAGGGUGAAGUUCAGGGUGUGCCCGCAAGCAGAUGACUCAGUGGGCGCGACCAGCGGCGCGUGACGGCAUUUGCCUCCGCCGCAGGAAGUAGUCCCGGGCCGCGUCGGAUCCCCCGAGAGCCCAGGGAGGAAGCCCGAAAUUCUUGGCGCGUGGCUUCCGGCAGCAGCCGGGCGCAGCCAAUCCCUGGGCUGGAAGGCGCGGCUAGUUCGGCCUCUUGGAUCCUUCCGCCAGGACUUUGCGGUACUGAGGCCCACGAGCCGCCAUUUUGGAUGCUGAGCGGUGUUCCAGAAGUCCGCGCCUGCCGCAGUUCCUGAUCGAGUCGUCCCGGAAGAGCAGCACAGCAUGCUGGGUUCUGGAUUUAAAGCUGAGCGUCUACGAGUCAAUUUGAGAUUAGUCAUAAAUCGCCUGAAACUGUUGGAGAAAAAAAAAACGGAACUGGCCCAGAAAGCAAGGAAGGAGAUCGCUGACUACCUGGCUGCGGGGAAGGAUGAGCGAGCCCGCAUCCGCGUGGAGCACAUCAUCCGGGAGGACUACCUGGUGGAGGCCAUGGAGAUCCUGGAGCUGUACUGCGACCUGCUGCUGGCCCGGUUUGGUCUCAUCCAGUCCAUGAAGGAGCUAGACUCUGGGCUGGCAGAAUCUGUGUCCACUCUGAUCUGGGCUGCUCCUCGACUCCAGUCUGAAGUAGCUGAGUUGAAAAUCGUUGCUGAUCAGCUCUGUGCCAAGUAUAGCAAGGAAUAUGGCAAGUUGUGUAGGACGAACCAGAUUGGCACUGUCAACGACCGGCUGAUGCACAAACUGAGUGUGGAAGCCCCACCUAAAAUCCUGGUGGAGAGAUACCUGAUUGAAAUUGCCAAGAAUUACAACGUUCCCUAUGAGCCUGACUCCGUGGUCAUGGCAGAAGCUCCUCCUGGGAUUGAGACAGAUCUCAUUGAUGUUGGAUUCACAGAUGAUGUGAAGAAAGGUGGCCCCGGAAGAGGAGGAGGAGGAGGGGGUUUCACCACAGCAGUUGGUGGACCUGAUGGGACACUGCCCCUGCCCAUGCCGAUGCCAAUGCCGAUGCCAAAUCCAAACCCUCCUUUCUCAUACCCACUGCCACAGGGCCCAUCGGAUUUCAAUGGAUUGCCUGUGGGGACUUAUCAGGCCUUUCCCAAUAUUCAUCCACCUCAGAUACCAGCAACUCCCCCAACGUAUGAAUCUGUUGAUGACAUCAAUGCUGCUAACAAGAAUGUUCCUUCUGCACAGAUUGUAGGUCCUGGACCCAAGCCAGAGCCCUCUGCCAAGCCCCCUUCUCGACCGGUGGAGAGCUACGACAACUUUGUGCUACCAGAAUUGCCAUCAGUGCCAGAUACACUGCCCGCUGCGUCCGCUGGUGCCAACACCUCGGCCUCGGAAGACAUUGACUUUGAUGAUCUUUCCCGGAGAUUUGAGGAGCUGAAAAAGAAAACCUAGGCCUCUUUAGGCAGGCCGCUUCCGUGUUCUGGGAGUUGAGACUGAACAGCUCCUCCCAGUAACCAAGACCCUCCAUGAAAUUCCGUUUCAUCUGGUAACCGCACUGAGCACACCUUCUCGGGGCUUUCUUCUACCAAAUUCUGUUGCUUUCCAGUUCUCUGAUCCCGAGACUAAGAGGAGACGGGCUAGACGCGCGGGGCUCCUGGCCCAUCCCCUGGAGGGGAGUUGCCGGAGGUGGUGGUGCGGAGAGCAGCUCAGGAAGUGUCUGCUGAACUGGUGGGGAGAGUGGGAGUGGGAGAGAGGCUGACGCCGGAAGCACUGGGGCGGCUCCUGGAGCUGGGCUCUCGCAGGCAGGGCGGCGCUCCUCGUGCAGGGCACUCUUCCUCCUGGAUCCAUGGCAGCGUUGGUCUGGGAAAGCUGGAGCCCUCUCUCAGUCCUACUGGAUUCUCAGGGAGCCCUCGGUGGCCUUCUGCUCCCCUUUGGCCUGGGACAGCACUGUGCUAGCCCAAGCCGUUCCCUCCCACACCCCGCGGGUUCUGGUGACUGCGACACUGGCAGGAGAGGCAGGCCCCACGGUGGGCUUCUGGCUGCCUUAAUGAUGUGCUCAGGCGUCUGGGGGUGAGAUGGAAAGCCCCCAGGAGAGGGAUACCUGUUUUCACUUGAAAACUGGUGAACUGAGAUGAAUGGCUGGUGCCCGUGGGGCUGUGAGUCACUACUCUCCUGGGUGGGUGGGGCUGCCUGCGGCUUGCCCUCCUCGCUGAGCCCAUCUCUGUGCAGGCUGGCUGUGGGAUUCACGGGCAGGACUCCAUACAGACCUGUUUCGAGUGGCUUUUCCUUAAUGGUUUUGAUUGGUUUGUAGCUCAUAGCUCAGUAGCUGCUAAUAAAGUUAAAGAUCCA